AUCAGGCAAAGGAACAUAUGCACAAGAACCCAAAAACAAAACCUAGCCACAUAACACACUUGAGAAUCAUUUGAUACUGAAACGAAGUUGGAGAUAAUGCCAUGGAUGCUAAGGACGUCGAUAUGAUGGAUUCCGAUGCUCCGGUGACAUCUUCGUCACCAGUUCCUCCGGGAACCCCCGAACUUUCCUCCGUCUCCCAGCAAAUUGAAAUUGCGAGAGGAUUACUCACAGUAGCUCGCCAACUCAUUGAUCAGGGCAAGCCUUCUCAAGCUCUUCAAGCGGUGUUGACUGCAAUGAGAGCCAAAGGAGGAGAAGCAGCUGCUGUUCAAACCCUAAAUCGAGCUAAUGAACUCUACAGAAACAGAGUAAAUGAAAGGGCUGCUGAUGAGCUAGCUUCAUUGUUUGCUGAAUGUGCAAUUGAAGAAGCUUUACCUGCAAUCCCCACAACCACCACCACCAACCACCCAUCUAUUGAACCAGAUGCUGGCGGCACUUCUAUACUGACAGAGACUGGGAGAAAACAGAUCAUGGUGGAUGCAUUCUCUGAUGGUAGUAGCUUUGUGUGUGUACAAUGUGGCGGCCUUGUUAGCAAUGAUCGCAGGGAUGAACACUAUGCAUUCUGGUGUGGCCGUGUGUAAAUGGUGAGAUCCAGUUUCAUGGUUUUUUCAUGAUAUUGACAUGUAAUGGUUUUAGGUGUAAUAGAACAUCUCUUAAAGCGAAUUGAAUUUGCAUCUGCAAAUAAUAAACCAACAUAUAUCCCAUAUACAACUUUCAUGAAAAGAUCUGUAGUAUGCGGGUUUCAGCUGAUUGUUGAUGAAAAUUUGAGCUGGAAGGCAUAAGGGCAUGAUUGAUCUGUGGAUUCCCGUAGAAUCUGAUGGAAUUGGAAUCUGACGUUCCAUUCCAUAGCAUGUUUGUUUGUUUAAAUGGCUGGAAUUUAGUUCUUUUUGUAAUCCUUCAAAUUCUGUGUUUGAUGGAUUCCGUCAUUCCAAGGGAGAGUGGAAUGAAUUGAACUGCAUAUAUGUACAAUAAGCAAAAACCUAUAAAAUAUAAAUAGAAAUUUAAGAAUUAUUUAAUUCUUGUUAUUGGAUUAUAUUGUAUUUUCUCC